AUGAGGUACACGUCGUUGGAGCCCCAGUUCCGGCGGUUCUUCCAUUGGUACGGGGGGUUUGUGCACAACUAUCGAGUCAUCUUGUUCAUCUUCCCCCUGCUGGUCACCUUCUUCUUGUCCUUUGGUUUUCUUUGGGUUGGGGAGUUGAGUGAGGAUGAUCCGGCUUAUGUUUUUACCCCAAAAGAUGCCCGGUAAGUUGUUUGAUUCUACUUCCAACAAAGCCCUUUCUUCAGAUGGAAGCGGGAGUCGCAUGUUUUCGAAAAAUUAUGGCCAUUACAAGAAAAUAAAUUCUUGCCCGGGAAAUCUUUUGAGGCCAAACGGUUUGUAAAUAUAUUAGUAAGGGCCAAGGAUGGGCAGAAUGUCCUCAGGCCAAUGAUAUUGGACGAAAUACAACUCCUUAACACCUUGAUCAUGUCCAAUGUCACCGUGCCCACGGAUGAUGGAAGAUUUGUGCUGACUUACCAAGAUCUUUGCCUUAGUUAUGACUGGACUUGUGGAGCCAACGAACAUAUCGAAAUGUUCCGUCAAAUGAGCAAAGUGGGGCGAGUCAUUGACCUUAAGUAUCCUAAGGGUGGAAAUAAGGUGAGAUUCUGUGAAAAAACUUGAAACAUGUUCGCAUUAUGUUCGUAGGACACACCGGCGUAUCUGGGUACAGCGAUUGGCGAUAUUGUUUUAAACAAGACUGACAACACUGUUCAAGAAGCCAAGAUUACGCAGCUCUUCUACUUCCUGAAGCAAGAUCCGCCUUCCGUUGACAAGUACUCUACGGCAUUUGAAUACGCUGUAGAAAAAUUUUUGUUAACGGAGUUCAACUCCAAUCUGAUUGAAAUCAGCUUUGCGCAUUACCAUUCCCUUCAGGACGGAAUCAACGAGAAUGCGGAGAGAUUUGUUCCCAACUUUGUGAUCAGUUUUACAUCUCUGACCAUCUUCUGUUUCGUCUGUUCAUUCACGCUGAAGCGAGGUAAAUGGGAAAUCGAUAUCGUUCACAGUAAGCCCUGGUUGGCUUGUUGUGGACUGUUGAACACAUUGCUCUGUCUGAUCUCCUCCUUUGGAAUAAUGAUGUUAAUUGGAGUCCCGUACAAUGUUGUGAAUACAAUCAUCCCGUUUCUGAUCAUUGCCAUCGGUAUUGAUGACAUGUUUAUUAUGAAUGCUUGUUGGGAUCAAGUGGAUAAGAGUCUACCGGUCCAUGAGAGGAUGCAGUUGAUGAUGGAGAAUGCUGGUGUGGCUGUUAGUAUCACCAAUAUUACUGACAUUCUGUCGUUUCUGAUUGGAUGCUCCUCAGAACUUCCUGGAAUCCAGGUAUCUUGUUUUUGUCAUCAGUUUUAAUGCCAUUUAUUUUCAGGUGUUUUGUCAGUAUGCGUUUGCUUCUGUGGUCUUUUGCUAUGUCUACCAGAUGACAUUCUUUGCUGGAUUCCAAGCCAUUUUGGGAGAAGUAGAAAAAGCUGAACGGAACUGUUUUAUCUUUACAAAAGUAAAUCCAGUUGGGAAGCCAAAAAAGACAAAUGCCGUUUAUGCGAACGAGACCAUAAAGUCAUCAUCUAACCUGAAGAAAACUCCUGAAUCAGAGCCUUACAUCCAAUCCAUCUACAUUGAAGAUAGGGAGAAAAAAGAAGGCACCAGCAAGAGGCACACAGCCUCGGAUAAUGUUACACACCGCUUCUUCUGUAAUAAGUACGGGCCUUUCCUUCUGAAAAGGGGGACCCGGACAAUUGUGGUAUUGGUUUAUGUUGUCUACAUUGUCGUGGCCAUAUUAGGAUGCGUGAAUUUCAAAGAAGGACUUGAGCCGAAGAACUUGGUUACCUCUUCCCAUUACAUUGCCAAAUAUUUCAACGAUCUGAAAUUGUUCUGGAAGAUUGGCCCCCAACUUCAAGUUGCUGUUCUUGAUCCUCCAAACUUCACAGAUCCCAUUCAAAGGUAGGCUUUAAUUUAUUUACAAUUCUGAUGACUAAAAAAUUUUUAUAAUCGAUUCGGUUUUUAGAGAAAAAUUAAUGGCUAUGGUAAGGUCAUUUGAAGAUACGGACUACACAUUGGGACGUGAAGGAACCAUCUUCUUCUUUCUCGAAUACUUAAAUUAUCUGGAUCAACUAAAUGCUGAACUUGAAAAUACGGAUCGGAUUUGGAAUCAGAAACUCCGAUCGUGGCUAAAAUACACAGGGGGUAGCAAUCAAUGGGACACGGACAUCGUAUUCAACAAAACUACCAACGAGAUAAUCGCAUUCCGAUUUCAGGUGUGUAAAUUUUCUUUAUCGAUUAUCAUUUAGUUGGCUAUGAAAGAUAUUGUGGAACCAAAUCAACAUAAAUUAGCGGCCAAACUCCUGAGGGAAAUAGCUGAUAAGCAGCCAUUCCACGUUGAGAUCUACCAGGAGACUUUCCCCUUUGCCGAUCAAUAUCUCAUCAUUCUGCCUUCUACAUAUCGAAAUGUUGGCAUAUCUUUGUUAUGCAUGACAUUGAUAGCAUUCCUAUUGAUUCCGUCAAUUCCAUCGGGUAUGUCCUUUUUCAAGCGUUAAAUUAAUAAUUUUUAACUAAUGAUUGCAAAUUACUUACAGCAAUCCUGAUUGUAUUAUCGAUUGUUUCCAUAAGUGCCGGGGUAUUUGGAUACAUGACGUUUUGGAGAGUUCAUCUGGACGCGGUCUCGAUGAUCUCCAUCAUCAUGAGCAUCGGGUUUGCUGUUGAUUUGUCAGCUCAUAUUGUUUACGCUUUUGUUACUUCCCAUGGUGAAGUUCGUGAUCGUGUGAUCGGAGCUUUGGAACAUCUUGGCUGGCCAAUAUUUCAGGUUUGCGGUGGUUAUAAAUACGAUAACUCUUUCUCAGGGGGCUGCUUCUACAAUUGCCGGUAUCUCGAUCUUAUACACUGUGAACGCGUAUAUCAUCCUUACCUUCUUCAAGACCAUCUGGUUGACCAUGGUGCUGGGGAUGAUACACGGGCUGGUCUUCAUCCCUGUUAUGCUUAGCUUUAUCCCUCUCGCAUUCUUCCAGAUCCAGGAAGAUAACAGCAAGGUGAAGGAGGUAAAGGAACCCAUCGAUGAUUGUAAAUAA